AUGUGUUCAGUCGAUCGGCGAGUGCCCUCUGGCGAAUGCGAGUUAUUACUGUCUUGUGGCAGUGCCGUGGUUUUUGUGUUGGUCAUCGCUGUCGCGCGAAAUGAUGAGGAAUACGGAGUCCUGGAAUUGCAAGGCAAUGAAAUGCGAAGAAUCCCGACGGGUUCAUUGAAAGGUCCGAAAGGGAUGAAGAGGUUGAACCUGGCACAGAACAGACUCGAUCUUAUCCCUCAGGGGGCAUUCAAAGAACAACCGAAACUGGAGACUCUGGAUGUGAGCUGGAACACGAUCGCCAUCAUUCAACCGAUGGCUCUGGCUGCUCUGCAAAAUCUGAAACGACUGGAUCUCUCUGGGAAUCAUUUGAGCAAAAUCCCAAGCGGUGCUUUUGAUGGGUUGGAGAAUUUGGAAGAACUAGACUUGUCCAACAAUUUCUUCAGCUCUUUCCCGACGGAGGCUGUGAAAUCAUUACGCAAAUUAAAACGGCUCAUCCUUCACUCCAACAGAAUCAGGAAUGUGGAGGAAGCAGAAAUGCAAGAAUUGUCCGAAGCGUUGGAAUACUUGGACUUGUCUAGGAACCGACUGGACAACGUUCCACCGCGCACUUUCUCUCCACUAAGGAAUCUCAAGGUGCUGAAGCUGCACGUGAACGCGGUCAGGAAGGUGGAAGACGACGCUUUCGAAGGACUAGAGAAGCUAGAAGAGCUGGACUUGUCAGACAACACGAUGCUAUCCAUGCCUACCUCAGCCCUUGGCAGAUUACCGUCUUUGAAAAAGCUCGUGCUGGACUAUAACCGAAUCGGAGUCCUUUCCGCUGAGAAUCUCAACGGCGUGAAGAGCCUGGAGGAGUUUUCCCUGGCUUUCAAUCUGAUUCGCGACUUGUCAGACGACACUUUCCAAGGAUUCGACCGCUUGAAGAGCCUCGAUCUCAAAGGAAACCAAAUCGAGAGCGUGACUCAGUCUACGUUGGGAGGUCUCGAAGGAACAUUGACGAACCUGGACCUGAGCUUUAAUGCUUUGCCCGAAGCGCCUAAGUUGAGUUUCCCGAAACUGUCAAAGCUGGACUUGUCUCGCAACAACAUUUCCCGGUUGGCAGAAGAAGCCUUUGGACUUUUGACGAACUUGAAGUACCUCAACUUGAGCAAUAAUAAUUUGGAGAGAAUUCAUAAUGCGGCGUUCCGUGGCUCCAACAACGGCGGACUCGUCCUGGAAGUUUUGGAUUUGAGCGGGAAUUUGAUCAAGGAUAUUCAACCCGGCGCUUUCGAGUCGCGCACUUUGAUGGCUCUAGAUUUGCACUCGAAUUUGCUCAAAGAAAUCACCACGGGCGUGUUCACUGGGAUGCCGGAUUUGAGAUUCUUGGACUUAUCUGCCAAUGACAUUUAUAGCAUGAAGCCCGGGUCGUUUUCGGGACUAGACCAAAUGCAGGUGCUGAAAUUCGAUCGGAACAACCUGGCGUCGUUCAAAGAAGAAUCUUUUGCCGGACCGACUGCACUGGAGGAGAUAUCAUUGAGCAGCAACGAAAUCACUUACCUGCUGAGCGACGCUUUUGUGAAACACCCACGGCUGCGGAAGCUGGACCUCGCAGACAACCGACUCAGCGCCUUUCCUGGCGAGAUCGUGCGUGGGAUCCGCCCCCUAGAAGAGUUGUCUUUGGCGAAAAACUCGUUGCGAUCCCUGGAAAGUGCGGACUUUGCCAAUUUGGCCAACUUGCGGAAGCUGGACUUGUCUCGGAACGAGAUAUCGGUUAUCGGUGCUGCUGCGUUCCAAAACUCCACUCAGGUGCAAGAACUUGACCUGAGCUACAACGCCAUCCGGGAAGUACCCGACGACGCUUUCCUGGGUGCUGGUCGCCUCUUGCUCAACCUCGAAGGCAAUCGGUUGUCUUCCCUACCUGCCGCCAUUUUCGAUCGAAACCGGCUCUUCCAGUUACAGAGCAUCAAUUUGGCUCGCAAUGAGCUCGAGCGGAUCCCCGUGGACGCGCUGCAACGCCAAUAUUUCUUCCUUCAAGACGUUGAUCUGUCACACAACCGCAUCGCCGACAUUCAGUCGAACGCCAAUGUGCUGGUGAAUAUCAAGCGACUGGACUUGAGCUACAACCCGCUGACUUCCGAGUCCAUCGACUACGUGCUCAACGAGCCCAAGACAGCCAGAGACCUGAACAUGGCCGGCACCGGAGUGGAACGAGUGCCGGUCUUGGAAACACCUUUCCUCCGCUCGCUCAAUUUGUCAGACAACAAGAUCACGUCUUUGGCUGAUGACGUGUUCCAGCGGCCGACGCUGCUCGAAGUUCUCGACUUGGCAAAGAACCGGAUCCCGAACCUGAGUUUCGGAUUGGCCGCUGGCGUUUGGCCGAAGCUGACGGACCUCCGACACGUCCGAGUGUCUGGCAACCCUGUGAGCUACGUCAUCAAGGGGGACUUCGCGUAUCUAGCCAAUUUGGAAGUGCUGGAGUUGGAUCACUUGCCCGAGUGUACCAAGAUCGAGAAGGGCGCUUUUGCGGGGCUGCGGAAAUUGACGCGACUCGAGUUGCAUUCGUAUCCGAAGCUCGGGUUCUUGGAUACCCGAGGCAUCUUGGCCCAGUUUCGGGCACCGAGAAGUGUAGCUGUGGAAGUGAAGGGGUCCGUGGUGAACGAUGAUCUGCAUCCUGCGUUUAACCCGCGUUUGGAGCGGUUAGAGUUGCUCGGUGCGAACGUCAGGAGCUUGUCUACUGGUGCAUUUGCGGGGAUAGAUAGUCCGCGGAUCGAGAUGUUUAUCCGGAAUACGUCAUUGCCGAGCUUGCCGCCACCAGCGCUUUUCCAGGUGCCGAUGUCCUCUUCAGUCACUUUAGACUUGAGCUUCAACGCGAUCGCGAGCCUCAGCCCACAACUGGUGUCGACGCUGGAAAACAAGCAGCGAAGAGUGCGCCUCCUCGGCCUGGCGACGAACCCUAUCUACUGCGACUGCAACGCUCGCCCUCUCAAGCGCUGGCUCCAGACACAGCGAUCCCAGCGCCGCCUAACGCCCGAACUCCUUGGACUCACGUGUCACCAGCCUGCGUCCAACGCUGGCAAGCAUCUGCUCGACAUGGACGACGCGGACCUUAGCUGCGCCCCCGGUGGCACAACCACAACCAGCACAACAGAGAUCCCGUUGAGCGUGGCGGAUCGUGGCGACGCGGAUUCGGCGGCGACGAGUACCGAGUUCCGCGCCGAGCCUGACAUCAUUUGGACGAUGGACCCAGUAACGAAACGGGGCUCGGACGGGGCCCGAAACGCUGCUGCUGGUUCGGGAGGAGCUGGAGGAGGGGGCGUCGGUGGGGUUGGAGGAGCCGGCGCCGGCAACAAGCGCGACAAGAUGGAUCACCUCAUCUUUGGGAUCCUCGGUGGCGUCAUCGCAUUCAUUCUCGUACUGGUGUUCAUCAUUUGUCUGGUCCGACUGCGCAUCACUGACAAUCAUUACCCGGGUGGCCCGCUUGUUGGCCCGCUGGCCCUCCAAACUGCGGCGGCGCAUCAUCACGGUACACUGCCGUCCAUCAGCGGCAAGUGCACGUGCAUCGUGAAGCCACCGCCGCCGCCGUUCAUGUUCUACACGGCCCCACCUCCGCCGCAGUCGUCGAUGACUCCGUUGCCGGGUGGUGGUGGCGGCGGAACGCUGCCGAAGAUGUUGCCUCCACCGCCGCCGCCGUCGGCGCAGCACAUGUACGGGUCGUUGCAUCGGAGGACUUAUUACGCGACAAAUGCGCCGUAUUAUGUCGCCUUUCCCAAUGACCCCAUGGCGGGGCCCGGAUGUGAUAGCAGGGCGGAUCAUGACCUGCACCCGUACGAGUGCUGA